GGUCUUAGCCAGCCCAUCUAUUAGGCUUCCUUCUCUAACCUUUUCCCCAAGGAGAGAAACGAGAAAGGCUCACCGUGGAAUCGAUCGAAUCGUAGCGAAGCAGCGGCGGCGGCGGCGGCGAUGGGGAUCGGCGAGCACUUUGAGGGCGUGAAGCAGCACUGGGCGCGCAACUUCGCCUUCCUCGACUACUUCAAGAAGGUCUACGGCCGCGAUCAGCCCCUCCCCAAGUGGUCCGACGCCGACGUCGAAGAGUUCAUCGCCUCCGACCCCGUCUACGGCCCCCAGCUCAAGGCACUGAGGGAGUCCAGGAAGUUCGCGCUCGGCGGGGCCCUGGCCGGCGCCGCGCACCUCGGCGGCGUUGCCUUCAAGUACUCCAAGAGCCCGCACGGUGUCGUGCUGGCGACCGGGUUCGGAGCGCUCACUGGCGCCGUGCUCGGAUCGGAGGUGGCCGAGCACUGGUACGAGCUCUACAAGAUGGACAAGCAGGGGGCCAACCUCAGGUUCAUCUACUGGUGGGAGGACAAGGUCGCAGGCCAGAAGAACUGAAGAAGACUUCUGCAUAAGGUUGCACCUGUUUCAGCUUUACUGGUUUGACAAGAGAAUGAUGUCUCCAGUUUGGGAUUUGUAGUUUCUACUUCCUAGUCUUUUUCCAAUAAGGUGCAUAUUGGCAAUCAAUUGGACAAUGUAUUUUAUUUUCUCUACUAUGGGUUUGCUCCCAGUUCUCUAUGAUGUUCAUCUUUGCACCUACGGAAAACUAAAUGCCAGUACUUUUCAGUCUAUCAGUAAUGACUAUUCUGCAGGUUGUAAGUAUUCAAUGACCUUAAAAAUAAUAUAGGGGAUGCCUACUUCUUUGAAUCA